AUGAUUGAGAACUGUGGCAGGGUGGAGGUGAAACAGGGAGAGGGGGGUCUGGAGGAGAGUGUGUCAUACAAGCUGUGCUUCAACUCCUUCUUCAACAAUGAGGACAUGCAGGAGAUCACCAAACACUUUGUGGUGUGCCACGUGGACGCACCAGGGCAGCAGAUAGGAGCCUCACAGCUGCCCCCAGGGUACCAGUACCCCACCAUGGACCAGUUGGCCGGGAUGCUGCCCACUGUGGUGCAGCACUUUGGAUUUAAGAGCAUUGUUGGGAUCGGAGUUGGAGCUGGAGCUUACAUUCUGGCCAAGUUUGCUCUGAUCUUCCCUGACAUGGUGGAGGGUUUGGUCCUGCUCAACAUCGACCCCAACGGCAAAGGCUGGAUUGACUGGGCUGCCGGCAAGCUGACAGGUCUGACCAGCGCUCUGCCAGAUACUGUGCUGCCUCACCUCUUCAGCCAGGAGGAGCUGAUGAGCAACACAGAGCUGGUGCAGAGCUGCAGGCAGCAGAUCAACAACACUGUCAACCAGUUCAACCUGCAGCUCUUCUGGAACAUGUACAACAGUCGGAGGGACCUGGAGAUGAAUCGCAGCGGAGCGGUGCUCAACGCCAAGACCCUGAAGUGUCCUGCGAUGUUGGUGGUGGGAGACAACGCUCCGGCGGAGGAGGGCGUGGUGAGUCCUCCCUUUCUGCAUGAUGUUACCCCAUGCUCUGAAACAUCUCUUUCUGUCAGCAUGGAGUCCCUCGAGCUAUCUUCCUCCAUUAGCUCUUUCACACUUUUCCUGGUUCUAAUGGACUGUACACACGGUUCCGUCACGUGCUUCAACAGAGACACUUCCCAUUCACUUUGA